AUGGGGCUUCAAUUUCUUCAACCCAUAAAUGAUCCGGUUGUGUAUAUGGCUAGCAGAACAGAUGCGGGAGUGCACGCUUUAAAUACGACUUGCCAUGUGGAUCUCACAAAAUCAGACAAUUCUAUUUACGAACCAACAGUGAUAACUUCCUGGUUAAACACUUAUUUUUAUAGAGAAGCUGUCCCAAUUAGAGUUUUAGGUGCAAAAAAUGUUUCUGAUGACUUUAAUUGCAAAUCUGCCAUAUCUAGAACAUACUUGUAUAGAAUUUUAUUAGCAAAGCUAAAGGGUCAUUCAGGAGGAUUAUCUACGGUAUAUAUACCUAUAGAAGAACUAAAUAGAUGCCAUUUUAUUGGAGCCCACGAGUUUGAUAUCAAUAUUAUGCGCCAAGCAGCAAAAAUGUUUGAAGGGUUUCACGAUUUUAGAACGUUUAUGGGAAAAACAAAGGACGAUGACCGAAUUACACGUAGAAGCAUUGAUUCUGUGAUUAUUAUUGAAAGAAAUUUUAAAGAUCUCGGCGUUCGUCGGUGUGGAGCUGCUAUUGUAGGAGCGGCUACUGGAAAGGUAUCACUCCAAGACAUUGAAUUUAUGCUGCAAAUACCAUCAAAACACAGUUGGAACUCUAAGCUGAAAACGCUUCCCGGCCACGGUCUAUAUUUAUGCAAUAUAGAAUAUUAA